GCGGCGGCGGCGGCGGCUGCUGCUGCUGCAGGGCGGGUUGGGCAAGGGAGGGGGAGGGGGUUCCGAGCGCCCUGCCCCCCGCAGCCCUGACUCCGCCCCUUUCGCCCCACUCCUUGCACAUUCCUCCCUCCCAUCCUCCUCCUCUCCUUCCCUCCUCUUCUCCAUCCCUCCUCCCUUCUCCAUCCUUCUCCAUCCUCCCUCUUUCACCCCCCCUCCUCCCCGGCGGCGCAUCUGUCUGGGCGUCCCUCCCUCCCCCGGUGCAGCCCCCGGCGGCGGUGGCGGCGCUGUCCGCUGCGGCUCCGCUCGCUGAGAAGACAGGCUUGGCCGCCUCCUCUCCUGAAGGGAAGGGAGGUAGAGGCAGGAACGGCGGCCGGGGACCUGAGGAGGGCAGGGCAGGCGCAGGUACCGGCCCCUAGCGCGGACGGACAGAUCCCACGCCUGCGGGGGCUCGGGCCCCCAACGGGGUCCCACCUCUGCCGGCCCCGACGAGCCGCUCUGCCCAGAAGCCGGCCCGAUGCCCCGCGUCCGCCCGGCCCUUCCCGCUGGGGUGCCCUAGCCGCCGCCAUGACCGCGCCCUGAGCCCGCCCCGCCCCUGCGGCUGACGGGGCGGGGCUGGGGGCAGAGGGCUCCCCCAGGGUCGGGGUCAUGGCCUCUCUGGACCUGCCUUACCGCUGCCCCCGCUGCGGGGAGCACAAGCGCUUCCGGAGCCUGUCCUCCCUCCGGGCCCACCUGGAGUACAGCCACACCUACGAGACCCUCUACAUCCUCUCCAAGACCAACAGCAUCUGUGACGCGGCCGCCGCCGCUGCCGCCGCCGUCUUCCCCCUGGCGCCCGAUCCCACCGCCAUGUUGGCCGUGCCCGGCGCGCGCCGGGACGUCUUUGAGAGCACCUCCUUCCAAGGCAAAGAGCAGGGGGUGGGGCCCCCGGCCCAAUCCGCCCACCACCUGCACCACCACCACCACCACUCCCCCCUCCCUCGCUUCCCCGGAGACCUGGUGCCCGCGGGGGUGUCCUGCGAGGACCUGGGGGAGCCCGGCCUGGUGCCCACCACGGCCCGCUACGCCCUGCGCGAGAUCGAGAUCCCUCUGGGCGAGCUGUUCGCCCGCAAGUCCGUGGCCUCCUCGGCCUCCUCCACGCCGCCCCCCGGCUCCGGCCCCGGCCCCGGCCAGGCCUCGGCCUCCCCGGCCUCCCCGUCCCCGGCCGACAUGGCCUACGAGGAGGGUCUGGCCCGGCUGAAGAUCCGGGCGCUGGAGAAGCUGGAGGUGGACAAGAGGCUGGAGCGCCUGAGCGAGGAGGUGGAGCAGAAGAUCGCCGGGCAGGUGGGCCGGCUGCAGGCCGAGCUGGAGAGGAAGGCGGCCGAGCUGGAGAAGGCGCGGCAGGAGAGUGCGCGGCUCGGCCGCGAGAAGGAGGAGCUGGAGGAGCGGGCCUCCGAGCUGUCACGCCAGGUGGACGUCAGCGUGGAGUUGCUCGCCUCGCUCAAGCAGGACCUGGUGCGCAAGGAGCAGGAGCUGACCAGGAAGCAGCAGGAGGUGGUUCAGAUCGACCAGUUCCUGAAGGAGACGGCGGCGCGGGAGGCCAACGCCAAGGUGCGCCUGCAGCAGUUCAUCGAGGAGCUCCUGGACCGCGCCGACCGCGCCGAGAAGCAGCUGCAGAUCAUCAGCAGCAGCUGCGGCACCACGCCCAACGCCAGCCUGGGCCGCAGCAGCGUGCCCGGGACCAAGGGCACCGGCAGGAUGCGGGACCGGCACUCGGGGCCCAUCAUGCACAACACCUACGCCGUGUCCAAUCACCGCUCCUCCUCCAGCACAGGGGCCUCCAGCCGCGCCAAGGCCUUGUCCCAGAGCUCCGGCUGCUACGACAGCGACACCGCGGACCCUUACCCCCCGGAGGAGGCGGCGGCCGGGGACGGGGCCGGCGGCGCGGGGGCCCGGGCGGAGGGCGGCGCGGGCUUUGAGAGGCCCCAGGUGCCCCGGAGCUCGGGCCUGAGGCGCCAGGCCAUCCAGAACUGGCAGCGGAGGCCCCGCCGGCACAGCACCGAAGGGGAGGAGGGCGACGUCUCGGACGUGGGCUCCCGGACCACCGAGUCUGAGGCCGAGGGGCCCUCGGAAGCCUCGGCCUCCGGCCCCACGCCCCCCCGGGCCCUCAGCAGCUGCCGCCUGUCCGGUCCUCCAGCCCGCUCAGAGGGGGGCAGCGGGCGGGGCCGGCAGGCUGACGGCGGCAGCCCCUCGCGCUCCAACGAAGUCAUCAGCCCGGAGAUCCUGAAGAUGCGGGCGGCCCUCUUCUGCAUCUUCACUUACCUGGACACCCGGACCCUCCUGCACGCCGCCGAGGUCUGCAAGGACUGGAGGUUUGUGGCCCGGCACCCCGCCGUCUGGACCCGCGUGCUGCUGGAGAACGCCCGCGUCUGCUCCAAGUUCCUGGCGAUGCUGUCCCAGUGGUGCACCCAGACGCACUCCCUGACGCUGCAGAACCUGAAGCCCCGGCAGCGGGGAAAGAAGGAGGGCAAGGAGGAGUACCUGAGGAGCACCAGGGGCUGCCUGGAGGCGGGGCUGGAGUCCCUGCUCAAAGCUGCCGGCGGGAACCUGCUGAUCCUGCGCAUCUCCCACUGCCCCAACGUCCUCACCGACCGCUCCCUCUGGCUGGCCAGCUGCUACUGCCGGGCCCUGCAGGCCGUCACCUACAGGAGCGCGACGGAUCCCGUUGGCCACGAGGUCAUCUGGGCCCUGGGGGCCGGCUGUAGGGAGAUCAUCUCCCUGCAAGUGGCCCCUCUUCACCCCUGCCAGCAGCCCACACGCUUCAGUAACCGGUGCCUGCAGAUGAUCGGACGCUGCUGGCCCCACCUCCGAGCCCUGGGGGUAGGAGGAGCGGGCUGCGGGGUGCAGGGCCUGGCCUCCCUGGCCCGGAACUGCAUGAGGCUGCAGGUGCUGGAGCUGGACCACGUGGCGGAGAUCACCCAGGAGGUGGCGGCCGAGGUCUGCAGGGAGGGGCUGAAGGGCCUGGAGAUGCUGGUGCUCACGGCCACCCCGGUCACCCCCAAGGCCCUGCUGCACUUCAACAGUGUUUGCCGGAACCUCAAGUCCAUCGUGGUACAGAUCGGGAUCGUGGACUACUUCAAAGAACCAGGGAGCCCCGAAGCCCGGAAGCUGUUUGAGGAAAUGGUGACCAAGCUCCAGGCGCUGCGGCGGCGGCCGGGCUUCUCCAAGAUCUUACACAUCAAGGUGGAAGGCGGCUGCUAACCCCGGCGGGGGGGCCCGUGGGCACCCCUCCCCACCCCUCACCCAGAGGCCUCCAGCAGGCAGCUCCUCGGACAGCCACCUACGGACGCAGGUUUGGACUUGCCUCGGGGGCCGGCUGGCGGACGCCGGGCUCGGGCCGGGAGCUCCCGUCUGAACUGGGCCGGCGGCGGAAUGCCAGCUGCCGGGGAGUCGAUGGCUUGGGGAGGGGGCUCGUUUCCUUGAGACCCUGGGGCGGGCGCCCCCACCAGCCACCGCCUUCCUCCCGGCCCGAGGAGAGCCCCAGGGCGGCCCCCCCAGAACAGGGAGCUCCAGUCACCAGCAGAGGCCGGCGACGCCCCGACCCUGUCCUGGCUCCUUCCUUCAGGGGCUCCUGCAAUAAACCCCGACUGUCUCCCUCCGAGCCCCCUCCCGGGCCGCCUCCUGUAGCUGAUCUGUCCUGGCGGCCGGGGCCCCCUUUCCUGCUCCCAUCCUGGCUGGUGGAGAGCCCGGGGGGCGCCCGCAGGAGGGGGGCGGGGCUGGGGCCUGCCUGGGCCCCGAGGGGGAGGGGCCGCUCCAGGACCCGGCCACGUGAGGCUGGGGGCGGCCAGGCAGAGAUGACAGAGUAUUUAUUUCUGUAAGAAGAGACGAUGCAGAGAUUUUAAAGCAAAGUUAUAUAAUGUGCAUGUUUCUGAGCUCUCCGCUCUAGACCCUGGCCCUGCCCUUGACCUUGACCCUUGACAACACACACAAACCCCUCCCAGGAGGCUCCUGACUCAGGGGAGGCCCGGGGGUCUGCAGGAAAGGGGGCCUGGGCAGGAAGCUGCUGAUACCCCCCCCAACCCCUGUGCACCCUGGGGAGGGGCACUCACAAACCGGCUGUUUGGGGAUACAUUGGGAUAUGGCCCAGGGAGAGGCAGAGGGGGGCUGGAGGAGCUCAGCCUGGGCCUGGACUUGGGCUCCCCACCCACCCACACCCGGGCCCUGGGGGAAAUGAGGCUCCGGAUCCAGGCUUGGGAGAAGCUCGCUGGGCCCUUCGCACUGUCUUCUGUCCUGUCUCUCGUUUGUGUCUUUGUCUCUGUGUCUCUGUCUCUCUCCCCUCCCCCUCUAUCUCUGUUCUCUGUCUCUGUCUCUGUCUGUCCCUCCCCCCCCUCCCUCUGUCUC